AUGAGUGUGUAUUUACAAUGCUUCCGUUGCACAGCUUUGGAGAAGAGGAUUUAUGGAUUGCAACAAUUUUGUGAUAAGAUCAAUACUGCCUAAUCCAACGAGUUUAUGAGUCAACAACAAUAUUAUAUUAAUGACGAAUGGUAUAAAAAUGACAAUGUGUUAAAAUACAUAGUGGACAAUCAAGUAUUCUAAGAGUUAUUUGGAGAAAAAGCUCACUUCGAAUUGAUGAAGAGAUCAUUCCCAAUCAUUCAAUUUCUGUACUUACAUCAAAAAUUAAGUAAAGAUGAAAUAUUGAGCAUACUCAGAUUAGGAAAAGGUAAGCAUGAAACAUGGGAUAAUAUGAUUUCAAAAUUGCUCACAGAUUUGGCAGAAAUCUUAUCACUAGAGGACGUUGAAACGCUGAUUCAAAAUAUAAAGUAGAGUUAGAUAGAUUAAAAUGGACUCAAUUUUAUUAAGAGUUUGGGGAGAAACAAAUAUUUGCGAUAGGAUUUAGAAAACUAGAAUAAUAGAAUGGGAAAUAACAAUAAUAAUGAUAAUUUUAUAAAAUAGAAUGAGAGAUCAAGUGGGAAAAGGAAGUAUGAAUAAUUCGAUACGGAUUAUAAAGAAAUAGAAUAAAAUAAAAAUGAAACCAUAGAGCAAUUUGAUAAUGACAGGGCUAUAUAAUUGAAAUCUCAAAUUGUCGAAUUCCUAUUAAACAUUGUUCACGAAUAACCAAGCACUGAAAUUGGUCAGUCAGCUUUCUAAAUAGCUAUCAAUUUAAUUUGUCAUCAAUUCAAAUCACUCAGAUAACAAUAUCUAUUGCACGGAUUUUCGAAUUUGAUUGCUUAAGAGCAACCAUUACCAGUCUGUAAUUACAUCACUGUGUUAUAAAAGAUCAUUUCAUCAUCUUAUCCGUUAGCUGAAUUUAAUAAUUCCAGGGAUGUCUUGAAAUGGAUCCAAGACAAAUACGAUAUUAAAUUGAACUUUUUAAAAGUAAUGGGAAGAGAAAAGUUGAAAUUGAUCAAAAGAGAAAGUAAGGAUUACUUAUAAACGAUUGAACAAUUUGUUAAAUUCUACGAAUUCCUUCAUUAAGAUUCAAAAAUCACAAGAGCUUAGUUGAUGAUCUUAUGGAAAUUGUUGGUAGAAAAUGCAAGAUGUAUAGAGGAGAAGGAUCUAUUUUUUAAUUGGGUUGGAGAUGUCAAUAAGAAGUUCUUGGAUCAAGAGGCCAUAGAGUUAUUGUUCAUAUCCACCAUUAAAAGCUCCUCCCUAAGUCAGUAAAUGUUGUAAUGCUUGACUAAUCUAAUUCUAUAUUUCAAUGUCUAAUAUAAGGUAAUGAAGUUGCAGUAUGAUCAAUAUACAAUUGUGGAUGCAGACAUUAUUGGAUUGCAAGUACUAUGGAAGAUCUUCAAGUAGCAAGUGUAAUUGGGACCUUAAUUGUAGCAAUUCUUCAUUAAGCUCUUGCGAUUCAAAUAGCAACAGACAAUCCUAAAUUAAUUAAAAUAACAAUACUUAGUUUAACUGUUCAAUUAAAUUAAUAAUCCUAAUUCUCUAUCAUUGAUAGUCAAAUUAUUAGAAGAAUUUGAAGGAUACUAAUUAAUAGAAUAAGGGGAAAAGGUGUUUGUGACGAUUGAUAAUAAAUGCAUGGAUGCCAUGCCUCCAAAGAGAUAAGAUAUUCAAUUAUUGAGUGGAUUGCCAGUAUUAUAAGCAAAACAAAUAAUAGGAUAGAAAUUGAAUCCAUCUUUGAAGCCAGAUGAAUUCGAUAUUUUCUGUAGAGGAACUCUAUUUGAUGAUAAUAAAACACUCAAAGAUUAUAAGGUAAAUUAGAAACUGACUUUUGUAAUAUCAAAAAGAGAGAACUUGGCAGAUGAGAUUAAUGCUUAUAAUAAUACUACCAAUCAGAUCUCUAAUGAAUACGUGCCAAACGAUUCAGAUGAGAGAGUCUAAGAGAUUAUCAAUAUAGUGUAAAUACAAGACAGAGAUUUCAUAAUUUCUGUGUUGAAGGAAAAGAAUUGGCAAGUAGAUAAUGCUAUAUGCGAUAUUUUGGAUCGUGGAGAACAAUUGCUUUAGGAAUACUAAUAAAAGAAUCCACAGGUUAAGAAACAGUAAAAGGCUGUGAUGAAACAACAAACCGAUGAGAUCUCAUUUGCUUCAUUAAUCUCAAAUAAUUACAUCAAUUAGUUAUUCAUACUACUUAAUGAAGGGAACCAUGAAUAGAGUACUAAGGUUUGGUCUAUCCUAUAAAUGAUACCCAGGAAUAAGGAAGUGUACGAGUUGAUUGAGUAGUCGUAAACUGAUUGGUGUAAUCUCCUCAUGGUAGAUAACAAAUACAAAUUGUAAUAUCACUUGUAAAUUCUAAAGGAAUAAUUGUAAUGUGACUACAUUGAAGAUCAAGAUGAAUAUGAAAAGAGAAAAGCAUUACGAGAAAACUUCCUCUUUUAAGGUGGCCUAAAAUUACUGUUGAUCCAAUUGGACAAUCCAAUUGAAAUAUUGACAAUCAUUCUAGAUAUCUUCUAAAUCUACUUCUUGGCUUAUUCAAUGAGUAGAUUGAGGAUGAUGAAUUAGAAUGAGUUCUUACAACUCUUAAGAUUAAAACAGGCUGUCUAAUAGAAGGACGAAGAUCCUAAAUUAUGCAGUCUAUUGAGUAUAUAACUAUAGAAGUAAGAGAAACCCAACAUACAAGGAUACGACGAGGCUUAACUUCUCUAAUAAGUGUUCUUUAAUUCGGAAUUGGAAGUAGAAUGGAAUGUAUUGUUGGAAUCUCUGACCCAAAGAAUUGGAGUUGAAUAGAUAUACACAAACAUUCUAUGCAUCUUGUAUAUGAAACCUGAAUUACUUAAACUUGAAUUGCCCAUCAACAGGUUGGUAGAAUUGCUAAAUAGUGCAAAUGAGGAACAACGAAAAUUGACAGCCUAUUUCAUACUGACGCUUCAAGAUAUUGGAAAGAGAAAUGGAGUGAAUCUCAGCAAUGACAUACUGAAGGCCUUAAUCAAGGGAGAAACAUAGUAUGAUGAAUUAUACCUGGUGAUUGCCGGAUUGAUUGGUUAGGUGAAUGAUCUGACAUUCUUUGACACUCAUCAAUUGGCUUAAUAGAUAAUAUCAUUGAUUUUAAAUAGGCAAAUUAUGGAGUAAAGAUUUACUGAAAAUGAAGAUAAGCUAUUGCAAGGCAAUUUGCUAUUGUUGACUUCCUUGUUGCAGGUUGACAAAAACAUUAAGGUAGACAUUCAAUUCACAAAAUUCUUAUACAAAUGUCUAUUUGAGAUGAAUAAUGAUUAUUACAUUUACCCUGUUUAUAAACGCAAACUAACGAGAAAGAGAGUAUUCCAAUUGUUAUUGGAAUUGUGUAAAGAUGAGAAUCAUCUACACGAGAUGUUACCUCUGAUUCAAAACCAUCAUUAAUUGAAAUUCGAUGUCAAUGAGGUCGAUAUGGACUUGGGAGUCAAGGGUUCACAUGGUUUUGUUGGAUUACGUAAUUUGGGAGCUACUUGUUAUAUCAAUUCUCUGCUACAAUAAUUCUAUAUGAAUAUCCCCUUGCGUAAAGGCAUCUUGAAUGGGCAGAUCAUGAUCACUGAAAUGAAGGCUCCUCUCAUCUUCGAUAACAUCAAUGCUGUUGAUUCACCAAUUUUGCAACGUAAAAUGGCAGAUCAUACUUUACACUAAUUGUAGUUAGUAUUCAUUCAACUCCAAGAAUCUGUGAAGCAGUACAUCAAUCCUCAUUAAUUGAUUAAAACAUUGAAGGGAUAUGAUGGCGAAGUCAUUAAUGUCGUAAUUUAAUAGGAUUGCAAUGAAUUUUUUAAUUUAAUCACUGAUAAAUUGGAAUAGGACUAGAAAUUCACUAAUUAAUCCAAUUUAAUACAUUAAAUUUUAGGUGGUACAUUAGUUAAUGAAAUCAAAUCAUUAGAACCUGAGUAUGAUUUUAGGAGAGAAAAUGAAGAACCCUUCUUGACUGUCUCUGUUGACAUCAAACAUAAGAAGUGUCUUGAAGAAGCAUUAGAUUUGUUUGUCAAGGGGGAUGUUCUUGAUAGAGAAAAUAAGUAUUUUUGUGAAGAAGUGUAAAGAAAGAUUGAUGUCUAAAAGAGAUAAUACUUUAAAAAACUCCCCAAUACUUUCAUCUUCCAUUUAAAGCGAUUUGAAUUUGAUUACAAUACAAUGUUGAGGAUUAAGAUCAACGAUUACUUUGAAUUCCCUCAGAAGAUCAAUAUGUUUAAGUGGACACGAGAUCAUAUAGUAGAGAAUAUGGAAGUUGAAGAUUAGAGUGAUUCCAUGUACAUUCUCAAAGGAGUGUUGGUGCAUGUUGGGAGUGCAGAAGGUGGACAUUAUUACUCGUAUAUUCGAGAUGUUGAUAAGUGGUAUGAAUUCAAUGAUAAGGUGAUUUGUCCAUUUUAGAUUGAGAACCUCAAAACUGAAUGUUUUGGAGGAGCCAACAACAACCUUUCAGAAUGGGGAAUGAGUAACAGUAAGAAUGCAUACAUCUUAUUCUACGAGAAGGUCAAGCAUAAUAUUCCAGAACAGUUCUAUUUAAAAGGUAGCAAUGAGGAAAUAUUGAUUCAACACGUAAUUAGUGAGAAUACUGAGUAUUUGAAGAGUCAAUUGUUUUGUGUUCAGGAUUACUUGAAAUUCAUCUAAACAUUUGCAUCGACAAUGUAGAUCAAAACUCCCUAUUAAGUGACUCACUAAUUAUCGAAGGAAAGCAAUUUGAGUGAAUUAGACAAUCUUCCAUCAUUAAGAAUGAUUAAAUUGCUAACUUUCUUCACUUAUGAAGUCUUACUUCGAAACAAGGACUAAUAGAUGUUUUAAUAUAAUAUGUAGGUCUUGAGUGACUUGUACAAAUAAGAACCAGCUGCUAAUUUCUGGUUUUUAGAUCUUUUAAGAAAUCACAAAUUGCUGAUCAUUGACUUAUUGAUCGAAUCUUCAUAUUCAGAUGUCAGAAAUGCGUUUGCACAAUUGAUUAUUCAAUCGAUCACCAUAAUCGUCGAAUAUGAACAACACUACUUAUUUGAAGAUUCGUGCAUAGGUCGAUUCCUUCAGUUCUACAUAUAAUCACUUUUAAAGGUGGUGAAGAGUACUCUCAGGAGAGGAACAGAGUACUUCACAGUAAUAAAGAAUAUUUUAACCAACAACCAGCUCUUGGUGAAGCACUUUUAUUAGUAAGAAUACUUCAAAUAGGUUUAUUAAUUAUUACAAGAAACAGUGACAGAAGCACAUGUAUAUACAUCAUUUAAAUUACAGUCAUUGUAAACUAACAACACCGAUUAGCCAUUGAUGGUGAUCUGUGAUAUAAUUACUAAAGUGAUAAUUAGUUGUAGGACCUAGAGUAUGAUUGAAUUGAAUGAGGAUGCUCCGACUUACCAAUUCAAAGGACAGAAGGAAAUUGAUUAUUGA